CAGGGCGAAGAUGGCUUGGAGUUAGGCGGGAGUAGGGAGUUGUCCCUUCCGCCGUUGCUGUCCUCUAUCCGCUUCAUCCCACUGACUGCCUCCCUCACCAUUUCCUCCUCUUUGUGAGAAGCAGGACUUGCCGUUGUUCUGGCCUGCCUGGUCUCUUCCAAGGGAUUGAUGCCGUUUCCCCUGCGUGUCUGCGGGGUUGACACAGAAGGGAUGCAGGUUUACUCCUUGUGGGUGUCGCUCCAACUCUUUGGAGCUGGUGGUGCUCCCUGGUGAGGUUCUUUCUCUCUAUCUGGGACGUGGAACAAGUUGGAGCAGGGGAACGACAGGGAGUAGUGAAGCGAGGGGUUGCUUUGCUCUGCACCCUCCAUUCUUGCUCUCGUCGUUGCAGCCCUGGGACCCUGGCAGGCGUUCUUAAAGGGAAAUCUGCGGAGAGUUCGAGGAAAGGUGAUUCGGCAUCAGCAAUCCAUUGUGACAAGAGAUGCUGUGGUCUUUCCAAAGACCAAAAUGAAGGAAAAUCAGUGAACGAAAAUGUCUUUAUUUAAAGCCCGUGAUUGGUGGUCUACUGUUCUGGGAGAAAAAGAAGAAUUUGAUCAAGGCUGUUUGUGUUUGGCUGACGUUGACAAUACUGGAAAUGGACAAGAUAAAAUAAUUGUGGGUAGCUUUAUGGGAUACCUAAGAAUUUUUAACCCCCAUCCUGUAAAAACAGGAGAUGGAACUCAAGCUGAAGAUUUGCUUCUAGAAGUGCAUCUACGAGAUCCAAUAUUGCAAGUGGAAGUAGGGAAGUUUGUUUCAGGUACUGAAAUGCUUCAUUUGGCUGUGUUGCAUUCUAGAAAACUUUGUGUCUAUUCUAUCUCAGGAACCUUGGGUAAUGUGGAACACGGAAACCAAUAUCAGAUCAAAUUGAUGUAUGAACAUAACCUUCAGAGAACAGCCUGCAAUAUGACUUAUGGAUCAUUUGGUGGUGUAAAAGGUCGAGAUUUAAUUUGUAUCCAGUCUAUGGAUGGGAUGCUGAUGGUGUUUGAGCAGGAAAGCUAUGCUUUUGGGAGAUUUCUCCCUGGUUCUCUUUUACCUGGCCCUCUUGCUUACAGUUCCCGUACAGAUUCCUUCAUUACUGUCUCUUCUUGCCGACAAGUGGAAAGUUACAAGUACCAAGUACUUGCUUUUGCAACGGAUGCAGAUAAAAGACAGGAGACUGAACAACAAAAACUUGGUUCUGGAAAGAGACUUGUUGUGGAUUGGACUCUAAAUAUUGGAGAGCAAGCACUUGAUAUAUGUAUUGUCUCUUUCAAUCAGUCAGCAUCUUCUGUUUUUGUUCUUGGUGAAAGAAACUUUUUUUGCCUUAAGGAUAAUGGACAGAUUCGAUUCAUGAAGAAACUUGAUUGUAGCCCAAGUUGUUUUCUCCCGUAUUGCUCAGUUUCUGAAGGAACAACAAAUACUUUGAUUGGAAACCAUAAUAACAUGUUGCAUAUUUAUCAGGAUGUGACACUGAAGUGGGCUACUCAGCUUCCCCAUAUUCCUGUAGCAGUAAGAGUGGGCUGUUUACAUGAUUUAAAAGGAGUGAUAGUCACUCUGAGUGAUGAUGGUCACUUGCAGUGUUCAUACCUGGGGACAGACCCUUCUUUGUUCCAAGCUCCAAAGGUUGAGUCUAGAGAACUACACUAUGAUGAACUUGAUAUAGAAUUGAAAGAACUUCAGAAAAUCAUCAAAGAUGUUAAUAAAUCACAAGGUGUUUGGCCCAUGACGGAGAGAGAAGAUGAUUUGAAAGUUUCUGCCAUGGUUUCUCCUAACUUUGAUUCAGUGUCUCAAGCUACUGAUGUUGAAGUGGGAACUGACCUUGUCCCUUCAGUCACAGUUAAGGUCACAUUGCAGAAUCGACUGGCACUGCAAAAAGCCAAAUUAUCAGUCUAUGUGCAACCACCUUUAGUAUUGACCUGUGAUCAGUUCACCUUUGAAUUUAUGGCACCAGAGAUGAGUAGAACAGUAUCGUUUUCUGUUUAUCUGAAAGGGAGUUAUACACCACCUCAGUUGGAAGGAAAUGCUGUUGUUUCUUAUUCCAGACCAUCAGAUCGAAAUCCUGAUGGCAUUCCUCGGGUUAUCCAAUGUAAAUUUAGACUUCCCCUGAAAUUAAUCUGUCUACCAGGUCAGCCUUCAAAAACUGCAAGCCACAAACUAACUAUUGAUACCAACAAAUCUCCAGUUAGUCUUCUCAGUCUCUUUCCAGGCUUUGCCAAUCUGUCAGAAGAUGAUCAGGUGAAUGUAAUGGGUUUUCACUUCUUAGGAGGUUCUCGAGUUACUCUUCUUGCUUCUAAAACCUCUCAACGGUAUCGUAUUCAGAGUGAACAGUUUGAAGAUCUUUGGCUCAUAACAAAUGAACUUAUUAUCCGCCUUCAAGAAUAUUUUGAAAAACAGGGAAUCAAAGAUUUUGCCUGUUCUUUUUCUGGAUCUAUGCCCCUUCAAGAAUAUUUUGAGUUGAUUGAUCAUCAUUUUGAGUUGCGGAUAAAUGGUGAAAAAUUAGAAGAACUCUUAUCUGAAAGAGCCAUACAAUUUCGGGCCAUUCAACGCCGACUAUUGACAAGAUUCAAAGAUAAAACACCUGCCCCCCUCCAACACCUGGACACCUUGCUAGAUGGAACUUACAAGCAGGUAAUCGCUCUAGCAGAUGCAGUAGAGGAAAACCAAGACAAUCUGUUCCAGUCAUUCACCAAGCUGAGAAGUGCCACCCAUCUGGUGAUUCUGCUGAUUGGGCUGUGGCAGAAGCUUAGUCCUGACCAGGUUGCUAUUCUGGAAGCAGCAUUUCUGCCACUGCAGCAUGAUACUCAAGAAUUGGGCUGGGAAGAAACAGUGGAUGCUGCCAUUUCCCACCUCUUGAAGACUUGCCUAUCAAAGAGUUCGAAGGAGCAGGCCUUGAACCUCAGCAGCCAGCUGAACAUACCCAAAGACACAAGCCGACUGAAGAAACAUAUCACCUUGCUCUGUGAUAGAUUAGCCAAGGGUGGACGUCUCUGCCUAAGUACAGAUGCAGCGGCUCCGCAGACCAUAGUCAUGCCAGGUGGCUGUACUGCCAUCCCAGAAUCAGACUUAGAGGAAAGAUCAAUAGAACAAGACUCCACUGAACUGUUUACCAACCACAAACACCUCAUUGUGGAGACGCCCAUGCCUGAAGUUUCACCCCUCCAAGGAAUCUCGGAAUAGUUCAAGUAGAGUUGUCUGGAUGAGGGGAAGAUGGCUUUUCCAAGGCUGAUGCUGUGUGGACCUCAUGCCAAGCACAGAUGUAGGGCUGGUCCAAGUGCUUCAUCCGUCUCACCUGCUUGGAGAUGAUACUAUAUAGACAUGGGGAUUGGGAUUUUUUUAUUUUGCUGGGAGGACUUGUAAUACCAUGGGCAGGUCAGUUGAAACUUGUCUUACUGGGAAAAGCUAUUGCCGCUUUUUGGUCAUCUGUAUGCUUAUAGCCAUCGGAUAUAGUGAGAGGACAUCUUUUGGGGACAGACUUUAUAAUGCAGAGACCUAGAUCCAAAGUAAUUUGAUACCCCAUUUUUUUCACAGAAUUCUUAUAUAGUAAGUGUAUCAAAUUUAAUAAAGCAUCUCAUUGUCCAACAAAA